AUGCAACGGAGGAGGAGUUCCAAGACCCCAAAGCAGCCUCUGCACGUUCACCAUAAAAGCCAAACUGAUCUCUCUGCCUGGCGAAAAGGAGGGAAAAUUGACUCUGAAAAAAGUUUGCAGAAUAAUCAAUCUGCUAAUGAUCAGAAAUAUGAGAGCCAGGAAGGGUCUCUAGAGCUAGCUUUGAGCUACUUUGAGAAAGUGCAAGACUCUGUUGCACUGAAAAAGAAGAGUGUUGUGCAGAGACACUUGGAUGUUGUGGAAAGCACUGCCCUGAAACAAGGAUUACCUCCUGAAGGGUUUGAGAUACUGCUGAAAGUGGCGCUCAGUGGCAGAUUUGCUGAUACAGUGAAUACUCGUUUAUUGAAGAGCCUGAUUCCCACCUCAGUGAUACCAGAAAAUUCUGUGGUUACAGCUGUGUCUUGGCUCUGUGUUGGCAAAUGCUCAGGCAACAUCCAGGUGCUUUUUUUGAAGUGGCUGAUCACAAUGUUUGACUUCAUUGAUCACAAGGAACAGCUUAAUGCCCUCUAUGGUUUCUUCUUCUUCUUCCUGCAAGAUGAGAAAAUGUGCCCCUACGUCUGCCACGUGCUCUACCUGCUGACCAGGAGGGAAAAUGUCAAGCCUUUUCGGAUUAGGAUCCUGCUUGACCUCCAAGCAAAAAUGGGAAUGCAGUCUCAUCUGCAAGCUCUGCUAUCACUUUACAAAGUUUUCUGCCCAGAUCAGGUGACCAUAACCCUUCCUGGGAAAAUGAAGACUUACUUCAAGAACUCAGAGGGCCCAUGGAAAGCAGCAAUCACCGCAGUAAGGCAGAGAAACCAAGGAAUCUCUCCCCUGGCCCAAGCAGUGUUUUUAGGCACCUCUCGACCUCAGUCACGAAAAAGGAAAUGGAAUGCCCAGUUGGUUAUACCUGCAAGCAGUGCAAAUCGUUUAGAAGCGGGCAGAGAAAAGAACCGGCUUUAUUUGUGCGGUACAAAUGAGUCUUUUCCAGUGGAGCAGCUGCAGACCUUCCCUCAGCUCCUACAGAAUAUCCACCGUCUAGAGUUUCCUGCCCAGAUGGGUUCAGUACUGACAAACCCCUUAUUGCUUCACUACAUGAAUUUUGUGAAAGAUGAAUCUAUUUACCUGAGGCUCCACUAUUGGAUGGGCCAGAGGCUCCAGGAAGAAUGCACCUGGUGUGUGGUUGAUAACCCAUGUGAAGAAGAAUUCAAGAGCUUCCUGGAAAAUGUCUACAAGGCAGAAUGUUUCUUGCAGGAGGGAUUUUCUGCCUGUGAAGAGUUCCUGUAUAAGACCCUUCCUCUCUGGGAUGGCGUCUCUUGCCGCUCAGAAGUCCUCAAGCUUGUGAGUUGGAUCCCCCUCAGCAGUUUCUCUGACAUUAAGCCAUAUCUCUUUGAUCCCCUGGCACAGCUCUUUUUCACAUCAUCUAUUUACUUUAAGUGCAGUGUUCUUGAGUGCCUGAAGGAGCUGUUGCAGAACUGGUUAAAUUGUAAUGCGAUUCAAAUGGAUUUGGAGAUUUCUUCUGCGAACACCACCCUGUGUGGACUAGUGGACGCGGUGGCUGAGCUGGUUCACUUUGUGGGACGGAUCUCUACUGUUGCACUGCGUUUGGAAAACAAUUCCACCCUCUUGCUCUACUUCAUUCUGGAUUUCUAUGACACUGUGUGUGACAUGUACCUGAAGUACAACCUGCCUUUGCUGAUAAUGCCUCCUGCUGGGGUUUUCUACCCAGCACUGCUCAGCAUGGAUUCUGUCAACCUGAAUCAGCUCUGCUACAUUAUGUACAGGUAUCGAACCAACUUAGUGGCUGCAAAAGAAAAUGAACAGAGUAAAAAGAAAAUCCUGCAGUUCAAGUUCAGUAACCAGACAUACCAAGAGUACAACCAGUACCUAACAGCUAUGGUGGGCUGUCUGUGGACAUCCACUGCAUUCCAGAAGGAUAUUCAUCCUCAAGGUCUUCGUAUGGAUGAUGAACUGCUGAGUAAAACUGCAGUGAAGGAAAUAAAAAACAGCUUUAACAUUGUCUAUCAUCCAGCCAUGAUGGGCUACUCUGUUCAAUUCUUGCAGGAGAUUUGUCCUGAUGAUACCACCUUCAACUUCAAAUUAAUAAAGGGGAAGAAGUGGGACUGGUAUCUGGAAUAUCUCUACAACCAGGGUUUGAAGGGGCUGAAGGUCUUCAUUGAGAGCAGCAUCAGUCGGGUUUCCCAGGCCGCUCGCAGCAAAUCUGGGAAUGUGGAAGCGUGACCUGGGGCUCACUGCACUUCUUCUGUCAUCUGGAGCAGACUUGCAGACUCUAAAGGACUCUGUCAUUAGUUCUUCCUUUCUUAGAGGAGAGAAACAGAGCAUUGAUUCUUACCUGCACUUUUGUACUGACAUCUCUCUUAUGAAAGUGAAGAUACAGAUGUUGAGGCUGGCUUGGUUCACUAACACUGAACCCCCUCUUGUCCCUGCUAAACUUCUCUGGUCUGAAGCUAUGUGACAUCCACCUUUUUUACCCUGGUGUGUCUCUGUUGAAGUAUUUGUUUUGAUUGAGAAACAAACUUUUUCCAUCUCAAAACUGCAGUGAGCAGUGGUGCUUCAUUUAUAAGUAAUGUUGACCCCUGACCUGCUUUGCCUUCCUCAGCAGCAGGUAAUGAGAAACAACUUCAUCAGCCUUUCAGGGAUGCUGUGUAUGUCUUGGGUUGGAGCAAUGUGAGCUUCUCAAUCCCCUGUUGUACUCUGUAUGACUUUAAACAGACUGACCAAACUGACCUUCCUGAAAUUAAUUUUCAUUUUGAGGCUUAAGGAACAGUUUUUAUGCUAACUCUGGUUCUAAUGAUGUUCUAGUACAGCUGGAAAGUACACUGAACUGGAGUUCAGUUCAGUUGGUGUGAGCACUUACAUAGUGUUGCCACCAGCUCACCAUUUUCUGUAUUGAUAAGUGCAAAUGUAACUUUCCCUUUUUGUGAUUUUACCUUGGUAGGUGUUGUAUAUUAUUUGAGUACAUAUGUUUAAUAUAUAUUCCAUAAAAUAUUUCUGUUGUGUCAUUUUGAAAAAACUCUUCUACAAAAUGUAUCUUCUCCUGUCAUUUCAUUUUCAGUCUGAGUAGAAGCUGAACUGAGGUUUCCAAAAUCUGAAUGAACUUUAAUUUUCUGCUGUAAAACAAGGUUGUAACCACUUGAGAGUUGGGUUAGAUUAUAGUUGAAUUUUGCAUUGUGAAUUUGUGCUUUGAUUCAAUAAAGGAAUCAGUCUUGAGAGUUACUCUGGAACCACUCAAGAUGU